AUGAUAGAUGAGGAAUUAUUAAAACAGUUAAGAGAGAAGAAAAUCGAAUAGCUAAAGAGGGAUUAAGAUAGUCAGUGGUGGUAGGCGGGUGAAGAUGAUGACUUCAAUCUCAAGAACAAAUUAUUAAGAGUUGGAUGCAGACCUUUGAAAAGGAAAUAUUUAUCUUGCCAAAAGGAAAGAGACAAUGAUGUAGAGUCAUAUGCUGAAUGUAAAAAACUGAGAACAUAGCUGGAUGAAUGCUAUGAGACAUUUUAGUUUGUGCAGAUACAAAAAGCCCAUGAGAAGGUUGAUUAGCAUUUACUAGAGACUACAAUGAGGAACUAGAAGUUGAGCAAGGACAAUAUCUGA